AGUGGCGGCGUCUUUCCUGCUGGCCCAUCCCCGCGCAGGCGCGGUGGCUCCGGAGGCCUUGACUUGCUGGGGGGGGGUGGCACGCCUGCGCCCCUCAUCGGCCUGGGUCUCUUAGAGCCACGCCGGAGAGAUGCCUCGCUAUUGCGCAGCGAUUUGCUGUAAGAACCGCCGGGGACGCAAUAAUAAAGACCGGAAGUUGAGUUUUUACCCGUUUCCUCUACAUGACAAAGAAAGACUUGAAAAAUGGUUAAAGAAUAUGAAACGAGAUUCAUGGGUUCCCAGUAAAUACCAGUUCCUAUGUAGCGACCAUUUUACUCCUGACUCUCUUGACAUCCGAUGGGGUAUUCGAUACUUGAAGCAAAAUGCAAUUCCAACAAUAUUUUCUUUGCCUGAAGACCAUCAGGAAAAAGACCCUUCAAAAAAAAAGUGUCAGAAGAAAAAAUUAGAUGAUGAGAAAGAAUUGUGUCUAAAAGCCAAGUCAGAAGAAUCAAAUGAGCCAAAGAAAAAUACAGUUAACACAGAUUUUCUCUCUGAACAUGCAGAAUUCCUUGAUUCAUCUGCCUUGGUGAAGCCACCAGCUCCAAAAACAGGAAUUAUGCACAAUAAUGUAUUAACUCUUAAUCUAGUUAAACAAGAUACGGGAAAACCAGAAUCUACUUUGGAAACAUUAGUUAACCAAGACACGGGGAUAGGUGGUUUUCACACAUCUUUUGAGAAUCUAAACUCUGCGACUAGUACUUUGACAACUUCAAAGUCAGGAGGUUUUCAACAGUCUUCCGAAGCCCAGGAAGUGCUUGAAGUAACUACGGAUCAUUUUGCUCAUCCAAACGUUACAAAUAAUUCCAUGGGAAUUAAGUCAGCACAGGAAAAUCCAUUCUUAUUCAGCACAAUUACUCAAACGGUUGAAGACUUGAACAUGAGUAAAGAACCUGUUAUUGCCAUUUUUGUGCCCACAGAAAAUCCCAAACCUACACUUAAUUCUUUUAUACCUGUCCCGAAAGAAACUGUGGAAAUGGAAGACAUAGACAUUGAAGACCCCUUAUAUAAGGAUGUGGACUAUGACACAGAAGUGUUACAAAUUGAACAUUCUUACUGUAGGCAAGACAUAAAUAAGGAACAUCUCUGGCAGAAAGUCUCUAAACUGCAUUCGAAGAUAACUCUCCUGGAGCUGCAAGAGCAACAAACGCUAGGGAGGUUGAAGUCAUUGGAAGCUCUUAUAAGGCAGCUGAAGCAGGAGAACUGGCUCUCGGAAGAAAAUGUCCAGAUUAUAGAAAACCAUUUCACAACAUAUGAAGUUACUAUGAUAUAAAGAGGUCCUAAACCUGUGACUUUUAUAUAAGCAUUUUGCAGCCAAACCAAAUCAUAUGUAAAGCGAACAUUUUCCUGUAUAAAAUUCUCAUCUAACGGAAGCUACCAAAAUAAUCUAAUGUUAUGAACUGCAUCCUAUUCUUGUCAUGCUCAUUUUUGAGAAAAGCUAGAAUGUUCUUGGGCUGUAAAGAAAAAGUUUUAUUGCUUGGUAAUUUUUUAAAUUAAAGUUAAAAUGUAGUGCAUAAGUAGUAUGUUAAGUCAUACAAUGAGAGAACACAGGUACGGCUAAGAGAGCCAGGCUCAAGAAUAGUCCUGCUUUGGCCAUUGGCAUAUGACUUGGGCAAGUUACUUAUCUAGAUUGAGCCUCAAUCUCUGAUCUGUAAAAUAAGGACAUUUGCUAGACCUCAAAUGUAGUAUGUUUCUUUAUAGUUCCUUCCUUUUCUAGUCAGAUAUUUUUAAUAGAACAACGUUUCUAUAAGGUAAUCAGUGCUUAGGUAAUAUUGGAUGUUUGUUGGCUAGAAUUUGAUAUUUACUAUUGUAUUAUCUUCAAUAUUUAUUGAAUUCUAUGUUGUUUGACCUUUUGGCUGUAGUUAUCCAUAAUAAUAAAGGAAAAUACUCCUUUUAUAAUUUAAUUCCAGUUGAGCUAAAAUAAGGAACCACCCAUGAGCCCAGUUCUUAGGAAAGCUAUUUUAAACUUAAAAGAAUAUGUUAUUUUAGUACCUUAUAUGUGGCUGACCAUAAUAACACAUAGUCACUUAAGCUUCUUAACAUCCUGUAUUUAAGAUUAUAACUUAUAAACCAAAAAUUUUAAUGAGGUUAAUUUUUUUAAAUAUAACUAUAUUUUGGAAAUCAUACUUCGUAUCUAUUUAAUAUGUGUAGCUUUUAAAAUGUGUCAUUUUUAAAUUCCAGAAUGAUAGAGUAAUACUUAAUACUAUACAUUCCCACUUACAUAUAUUUUAUUAAAAUUUUUAAGCAAGAAAUAGAUAUGUAGUGAUGACCUUAGGGAGACAAGAAAGAGAAGAGAUGGUGAUAUAAAUUUAAAAAUACUGCUUAUAUCCAUACGAAU